AUAGGCACCUGUGUUUUAGCCCCUAGUUCUCCAUGUAGCCAUUUAGAAAUCUGCUAAAUAUUCUCCUGCAACAGUUUUUGUGUGACUUGUGCCAGAGCAAAAAAAUCACAGGCUCACUAUAUUAACUAGGCAGUGUAAAAGCAUAUUGCAAACAUUAUUAUCAGAAGAGAACAACUUUGUAAGUCUAUAAUCAUUUUGAAUACUAAUGGCAGCAAUAACAAUGGUAACCGAUGGGUGAUAAACCGAGGACGGAUGGCUAAGUGCUGUCUCGGAGAAGUCAGCUUAUAAAUCAGAGGCAGAGCACAGGGAAGGAGGACAGGCCUGACUUCAGGACAAAGCUUUCAACCCUGACACAGGCAAAGAAAAUAGUCAUCGUAGCAUCGUGGGGAGAUACGGGUUGAGUGAUAUAAUAAACCUCUUUUAAGGAACUUUCUGAUUUUUUCACAUAUUUACUUUACGUACCUCAACCCAGGGGGCAUUCUUUCACCAAAGGAGUAUUGCUUCAAAUUGAAUAAAUGCACACACAAAAAAAUCACGGGCAGCUCUACUGGAUGGUGAAAUAUGGCUGCCUUGUCAUGAGAGGAGUUAAUUGAGUCUCAUUGAGACCUGGAUGGCCAUCCCUGCUCCUCAAACCAGAAGGCACUCCAAAGGCUGGAGAUGUCUUGCAAACUUGGGAAAUAUUUGAGCAGCAGAAACACAUCUCUCCCAGUUGGAGUCUCAACCUUCUGAUCCACCCCAGCACCCCUGAUAGAAAUGAGCUUUGGGAAAACACUUUGAAUUCUUGUUUUGAGACGACUGGUGUCUGCAGUGAAUCUCUGUUCCUCUCCCACCCUCCCCUCUGGAUAAGGUCCUCCUUUCUGCCAGCCCUGUUGGACUUUUGUUUCUCCUUCCCCCGGGAGCUGCCUUUGAAGUCAGUGGGAGCUGUGCAGUGGGCUGGUGAGAGUGGGAGGCUGGAGUGGGGGAACCAGGACCAGAUGCAAUCUAUGCUGCUUACUGGGAUUAUGGGUUUCUCCUUCUCCUUCCUUUUUAUGUAUUUAUUUUUAUUUUGAAAUGUGUGUCUUCUCUUGGCUAAAAUAAAGACUGGGGGAAUUGGUCUGGCUUUAAAGAACCCUCUGGAGCCAGCUUAUUCAUACAGAGUUGACUGUGACAAGUAGCCGCCACCAAAGCCACAAGUACCAGGAUUUGGAAAUUGGACAUAAACCCAUUUCAUUUAUGCUUAGGUUAUUUGGGAGGGGUGGGGAAGGGCUGGAAAGUGUCGGAAAAUUUAUAAAUGAAUCCUGCUGUCCUCUCUUUUCUAGUAUCUCGUUUUCCAGCCACUUGGAGCAAAUUAAUUUGCCUCUCGGAACCCCAAUUUUCCUUAUCUAUAAAAUGGAAAUAAAAUUCUUAGCCCAUGGGGUUGUUUUGAAGAUGCAAACACUGAUAUUCUUAAGCACUUUACAUAGUUUCUGGUUCAUUUUAACUGAUUAAUAAUUUGAAUUCUUUGUCAUUAUCAAGACUGUAUUUAUGAGAUGGCAAGUUUCUACUGAAUAUGUAAUAAGGGCUUACAGGGCAAAAAUGACAGGGCUGUCUUUAAAAGCAAUGCCACUGGGAUACUAGUGAAUACUUCUUUGUGAAUCUAUCCACCAAUACUCUAGAUUGGGUCAGGGGUGGUCAUUCCAUGCACAGGGUAUUAGAAUUUUUUUUUUUUUUAAAAUAAGUGGUUAUCCAAAGGGGUUGAUGCCUGGGUCAUUUGGAGAUUUGUCCUUGAACAUUCUCCAGUCUGGCUUGAGUUGUCUCAGUUUUGUCACUCAGAUUUGCAUCUUGUCUUUCUUUCUGUUUUUAGUUGCUUGGAUUUCUCCCAAAGUAUUUGUGGCUGAAAUUCCUUUUGGACUCUGAGCUGCCUUUUUUACAUAAGCUUUGGAUUGGAAUCAAUAGAAUGUCAAGAUGCCAGGCACAUUCAGCCUAAUAGCAGAUUGCAGAUUGAGCUUAACCAAGAAGUUCGUAGGUUAAUCAAGGCUGGCUUGACCUACAAAAGAAGAAGAGAGUUCUGCCUGCCCACUUGGGCUUGUGUUGACACAGCUGAUAACUUGACAUCACCUGUUGCCAGUGUGGAAAAAUUCUCCCUGUUGAAUUUUUUGCACAUGGAGGACAGCAGCAAAGAGGGCAACACAGGCUGAUAAGACCAGAGACAGCAGGGAGAUUAUUUUACCAUACGCCCUCAGGACGUUCCCUCUAGCUGGAGUUCUGGACUUCAACAGAACCCCAUCCAGUGAUUUUGAUUUUGCUGUUCAUUUUUUUUUUUCUUUUUCUUUUUCCCACCACAUUGUAUUUUAUUUCCGUACUUCAGAAAUGGGCCUACAGACCACAAAGUGGCCCAGCCAUGGGGCUUUUUUCCUGAAGUCUUGGCUUAUCAUUUCCCUGGGGCUCUACUCACAGGUGUCCAAACUCCUGGCCUGCCCUAGUGUGUGCCGCUGCGACAGGAACUUUGUCUACUGUAAUGAGCGAAGCUUGACCUCAGUGCCUCUUGGGAUCCCGGAGGGUGUAACCGUACUCUACCUCCACAACAACCAAAUUAAUAAUGCUGGAUUUCCUGCAGAACUGCACAAUGUACAGUCGGUGCACACGGUCUACCUGUAUGGCAACCAACUGGACGAAUUCCCCAUGAACCUUCCCAAGAAUGUCAGAGUUCUCCAUUUGCAGGAAAACAAUAUUCAGACCAUUUCACGGGCUGCUCUUGCCCAGCUCUUGAAGCUUGAAGAGCUGCACCUGGAUGACAACUCCAUAUCCACAGUCGGGGUGGAAGACGGGGCCUUCCGGGAGGCUAUUAGCCUCAAAUUGUUGUUUUUGUCUAAGAAUCACCUGAGCAGUGUGCCUGUUGGGCUUCCUGUGGACUUGCAAGAGCUGAGAGUGGAUGAAAAUCGAAUUGCUGUCAUAUCCGACAUGGCCUUCCAGAAUCUCACGAGCUUGGAGCGUCUUAUUGUGGACGGGAACCUCCUGACCAACAAGGGUAUCGCCGAGGGCACCUUCAGCCAUCUCACCAAGCUCAAGGAAUUUUCAAUUGUACGUAAUUCGCUGUCCCACCCUCCUCCCGAUCUCCCAGGUACGCAUCUGAUCAGGCUCUAUUUGCAGGACAACCAGAUAAACCACAUUCCUUUGACAGCCUUCUCAAAUCUGCGUAAGCUGGAACGGCUGGAUAUAUCCAACAACCAACUGCGGAUGCUGACUCAAGGAGUUUUUGAUAAUCUCUCCAACCUGAAGCAGCUCACUGCUCGGAAUAACCCUUGGUUUUGUGACUGCAGUAUUAAAUGGGUCACAGAAUGGCUCAAAUAUAUCCCUUCAUCUCUCAACGUGCGGGGUUUCAUGUGCCAAGGUCCUGAACAAGUCCGGGGGAUGGCCGUCAGGGAAUUAAAUAUGAAUCUUUUGUCCUGUCCCACCACGACCCCCGGCCUGCCUCUCUUCACCCCAGCCCCAAGUACAGCUUCUGCGACCACUCAGCCUCCCACCCUCUCUAUUCCAAACCCUAGCAGAAGCUACACGCCUCCAAAUCCUACCACAUCGAAACUUCCCACGAUUCCUGACUGGGAUGGCAGAGAAAGAGUGACCCCACCUAUUUCUGAACGGAUCCAGCUCUCUAUCCAUUUUGUGAAUGAUACUUCCAUUCAAGUCAGCUGGCUCUCUCUCUUCACCGUGAUGGCAUACAAACUCACAUGGGUGAAAAUGGGCCACAGUUUAGUAGGGGGCAUCGUUCAGGAGCGCAUAGUCAGUGGUGAGAAGCAACACCUGAGCCUGGUUAACCUAGAACCCCGAUCCACCUAUCGGAUUUGUUUAGUGCCACUGGAUGCUUUUAACUACCGCGCGGUAGAAGACACCAUUUGUUCAGAGGCCACCACCCAUGCCUCCCAUCUGAACAACGGCAGCAACACAGCGUCCAGCCAUGAGCAGACCACGUCCCACAGCAUGGGCUCCCCCUUUCUGCUGGCGGGCUUGAUCGGGGGCGCGGUGAUAUUUGUGCUGGUGGUCUUGCUCAGCGUCUUUUGCUGGCAUAUGCACAAAAAGGGGCGCUACACCUCCCAGAAGUGGAAAUACAACCGGGGCCGGCGGAAAGAUGAUUAUUGCGAGGCAGGCACCAAGAAGGACAACUCCAUCCUGGAGAUGACAGAAACCAGUUUUCAGAUCGUCUCCUUAAAUAACGAUCAACUCCUUAAAGGAGAUUUCAGACUGCAGCCCAUUUACACCCCAAAUGGGGGCAUUAAUUACACAGACUGCCAUAUCCCCAACAACAUGCGAUACUGCAACAGCAGCGUGCCAGACCUGGAGCACUGCCAUACGUGACAGCCAGAGGCCCAGCGUUAUCAAGGCGGACAAUUAGACUCUUGAGAACACACUCGUGUGUGCACAUAAAGACACGCAGAUUACAUUUGAUAAAUGUUACACAGAUGCAUUUGUGCAUUUGAAUACUCUGUAAUUUAUACGGUGUACUAUAUAAUGGGAUUUAAAAAAAGUGCUAUCUUUUCUAUUUCAAGUUAAUUACAAACAGUUUUGUAACUCUUUGCUUUUUAAAUCUUAAAAAAAAAAAGUUGCUGAAGUACUGUACAGGGUUGUACAAUGAGAACCCAAUGCCAAGGCAAAAAGAACGAGUGAUUCUUCCUUAGGAUACACAUCAACCACUUUGCUGUUGAAGCUGUCAGAAUAAAUUCCUGGUGGUCAGAUGAAAGGGCAGAUUAAAUGGACUCAUCAGGGUAAGAGGAAUAAUAUGGGUAAAACAAGAAAUGGCCCAGAUAGUUUCACACUAUUCCUAUACCUCCAGGUCCAGAAGACAGGUAAAAAAUUCUAUAAUGUAAGAAUGGAGGUAGUUACCCUGAUUUGACCCUGUGUGGGAAACGCUGAAAGCACCAGGAGGAAGCCAGUUCCCGUGAGAUAAGUUAACCCGGCCUGACAGAAUCAAGAAAAUUGAGAUGAGAUUUGAAAGGACCCGAAAAUGCAGGGGUUGGCUUUCUGACUGGGAUCUUAAAAAUCACUCUUCAUGCUUCCCUGGUCCUAUGCGAUAACAGAGUUAGAGACGUGAGUCUGAUUUCAGUCAUCUUCAGGGACCAGUCUGAUGUUGUAGCAAGAAGACUCCCUUUAAAAGUGUUACUGUUCAAAUCAUAUGUCAGGUUGAAUCACAUUCAACAGAGAUAUAUUCUAGAAUACUUUUUUAGAAGAGGCUAAUAAAGGGAACAAUUAUAUUGAAUGGAAUUAUUUUUGAUAAUGAGAAUUAUUUGGGUAGAUUCACUGAGGCUAUGUCAACAUGAUAUUUAGACCAACAGGUGAUCAAUGUUUGGAAAAUACAACAAUGACUUAUUUAAAAAUUACCCUUCCUGCUAUUUAGACAAAAACAACUGAUCAGUGGUUCUGUUAUGUCAGCUGACUUUGUUAGUAUCAUGUUGAAAUAGCUUGAAGUAAUAUCUUUUAUCCCCUUGCAAAUUCUUGUCUUCCAAUCAUCUCCCAUAUAUUUUCAUAAUUAGUUGUUUAUGACACCUUUGUUUUUCUCCCUCUGUUCAGUAUUUCAAGGAAAAUUAUGGAUGCCAGUCUUGGCUGCACAAGAUAUCCAUUACGUACUUAUACAUUUUAAAAUGAGUACUAAUUUUCACUGCUAAUAAUUCUGUAAGGACACAUCAAAGCUGGCCAAAAUAAUGAAUUUUUUUAAAAAGCAAUACCUGGUUUCCACCUUGGACUGACUUUGAUCCUGUUCCACUUUUGAAAUUGUAUUUGUUCCUUUUCCAUCGUGGAUGUUCCUCUACUUUGGCAAUUGUGGAGGGCUAAUCAAUCUUAUGUUAGCAGGACAACCCAUGAAAAACAAGUCAGAGAGUGAAGGCUUGUUCCCCUAAUCCUGGCAGAGCAGGGCAUAGAAAAGAGAGGAUGUCCUUGCUUAAUUCUAGACACUUUUGAGACAACAUCUUCAGAAAACACAUAAUUUAAUCUUUGCCAUCCUUAGAUAGAGAAGGGCUAUAGAUCGCAUACAUUAUCAAAAACUACUCCCUUGGAAAAAAUAUCUUUCGAAAAUCAAAUUUAAACAUUUCACUCUGUGCUGCAUAUUUCUUUUACCAUUGACCAUUAUUAUAGGGACCCAUGAAGUAAAUGUCACAAUCAUCUUACUAGCUCUCUCUCUCUCAGCAAAAUAAAACUGUGAUGUGUCUUCUUUGUAAAAGUGUAGGUAUAAAAUGCUAUGCAACUUUUUCUUUAUAGUAAGAGCUUUAUUUUCUUUAAUAAUAUAGCCCAACUUAUAUGUUUUAAUCUCCCUUGUCCCUCAGAAUAAGCAGAAAAUAUAACUGCAGCUGUAUGUCGUAGACACAAGAAUUGAAACUGUGCAGUCAGUAGAGCUGAACUUAGCUAUGAAUUAAUUUAAAUUAAUUCUGAAGUAACUCUGGUUUCCAUUUUAGUCUAUUAGCUAGAGGGUUUUGGCUGCUGCUUUUUUUAAAGUUAGGUCCACACAGUGAAGGGAAAAGAGUCUGUGAAGGUGAUCAGUGUAGCAGUAAGACAUCUAAAAUCAAGACAAUGACAUGGGGGCUUUGUGUACUUAGCUGGAUAAUUCCCUUCUACUGUCCUCUUCCCCUUGGCUGUGUAGAUAAAAUUGUGCAUUCAAAUGAUGGUACUUUGACUUUUGAGGGUUUUUAUUUCUGUUAUUCACAAAAUACUCAUUCUCAUUUAUGUAUAUUGUAUGUUUAGCCCCCAGUGGGAUUUCUGGCUGCUGAAACCGCUUUGGGCCAGGAAGAACAAGGAUGAAGAGGUUCCUGUCAUUUCUUAUGGGGUUCACAGAAUUAUUUGGGGCUUAAAUGGUACAAUGGAGACAGUCAUGUGCAAUGCUUAAGAUGGUCUGACAGGGUCCCUUUUGCUGGAGGUGUUCCUGAAGAGAUUGAACCUAGUAACAGGCUUUAUUUUCACCUUGUGUACAACAUGGCAAAGACUGCUAAGAUUAAAAUCCGUCUCCCAUUUGUUACAGCCUCACCUGCACCAGGAUAGAAAGCACAUGAUGGAAUCUGUGAUGUCUAAUGUGUCUUAUGAAAAUUGCCAAACAACUGUCCCUGGGGAUUCUGCUUUGAUUGGCAUUUUUAGUCAUGGGAAUGUAUUUUUGCUGAUAUAUCUGCUCUGUGUUUGGGCCUCUCUUGCUGUCAUUAUGAUGUAUUUUGAGAUGAUUAGUCAAGAGUCAAGGUUGCGAGUACAGGCCAAGACCAUGGGAAAAAAAGCCAUGCUCACUGGCCAAUAAAGAGCUUGAUGCUGCCUGGCCAAAUGAGGUGAUUCAGAUAGAAUCUGAUCCCAUUCAGAGCUUGGUAAAUGUCACUGUACAGAAGACAUUGAAAAGGAAGAGGCAUAGUCAUGAUCAAAAGGAUAUAUUGACAGUUAUCUAUAGCCAGGGUAGUUGUUAAUACCUGCUUGUUUGGGGAGAUAUGUUUGAUUAUAGAGAGACUCUGGGCCACCCUCAAACACCGUCAGAUGCAUUAGCAGCCCACUGCAUGGGACAAUCGCAGGCAGAUACGAGGAAUGUAUCCCCUGCCUAUUUUCGUUGAGUAACAAAUGGAAAACAUUCUCCCCUGUGAGAAAUAAUGCAAUUUCUAAUUAUCUGGAUGUUCGUUGAAAAUAUAUUAGACAUUCUCCCUGAGGUUAGAAACAAAAAGUACGUGACCAGUCUGGUAAAAAGUAUUAAUGAAGUAGCUAAUAUUACAGCUUCAUUUUCUACUAGCACCUAUCAUAAUGGUCUUAGUCAUUUCACACAAAUCAGAACUUCCUUCCCCACCAGGGAGGACAACAUCUUCGUGCUGUGAUUGAAGCACCCAUUCAGAACACGAGGCAAUAUUGUAGUCCGCAGGGAAUGGAUGCUUCACUUGAUCGCCGGACCUCGGCUGCAGAGGCCAUCGCAGCUUUUGAAAAGUGAAGUGGUUAAUUUCCAUUGGUGUCUUUGCUUAUAGCAUUUUUCUCUAACCUAUAACAAGGAGACAUUACAUUUUACUUUAGAACAUGAGAAUAGCAGUUUUGCUCACGACUUACCAUUCCAGCUGCAUGGGAAAGCAAAGCAGAAAACAGUGCCCCAAAUGGAAAAAAGAUACUCACACAGAACGAAACAGUUCUUGUUCUUGUUCUUGUUCUUGGUCUUGUCAAACCUUGCCUGAUGCUCUUUCUAAAGUCAAAAUAUGAAUGCUAAGAAGGCAUAACCUACAUCCUUCUCUGAUUUCUUCAGCAGGGUCAAAAGACAGUUACUAGCAAUGGGGAAUGCUUGUCACUGUGGAGAAAGAGUUUUGUAUAUGUCUGAUACCGUUGUUAUAACAAAACAAAUUUUUUUACUAUAGUUUUUUGUUUUCUACCUGCACACCCACCAGAAGAGCACAAAGCAAGGCCAUUGCAACAGGCAUUUAAAAAUUAUUAUCAAACAUGCACAUGCUUGUACACACACACACACAUACACACAGGGGCAUUUGUAAAGGUGUCCCUGGAAUGUAAGAUUUAUAAUGUUUAAGGCAAGGUGAAGGCAUUGCCAAGUGUGUGUCGCUCAUAGGACUAGUGUAUAUUCACUGAAAGUUAACCUGAUGAUUUGUUAUUGUUUGAACCGUAUGCUGAUUUGCUUCUGGUUUCUGUUUAGUGUGUUCUCUCUGAUAAGGGGCUGAAAGAUUCUGCAUCACACAUCCUCUGAGACCUACCAUGUCGCACACUUUGUUAAUGACAAACUUCACUCUACACUAUACAGUACCUUGUUGAUAUAUUCAGUAAAGUCUUAUUUUAAAAGAAAACCACAUUGUGUUUAUCUGAGUAAGUUCAUUGGGAUACAGUCAAUACUUGUGCUGUUAAUGUAGAAGAAAUGACGCAGGAGGGCAGGAAUAAAAGAGGUAAUAGGACUUUCGUAUUCUCCUAUCAUGAAUAUGACUUGCAUUUCUAAAGGCCAUUUGAUCCUUUUUGUGUGAGGAGUUUAUAUGAAAUCCUCAUGUUCUUUUAAAUUUCCCAACUAAAUUGUGUGUUCCUACAAAUACCUUUUAGGUAUGCACACAUACACAGAGCAUCUUAUUUUAUACUGGUGAAAUCUAUGUUGUUUAGGAUAUAGAUAAUGUCAUUGUAUUUAUCCUAUCAGAAUAGGCUUUUCCCCUAUUUCAAAAUAGAUGCUAUUGGCUUUAUUUUUUAUUUUUAAAUUUUUUUUAAACACAGUCUUACCAUGUUGCCCAGGCUGGUCUCAAACUCCUGGAUGCAAGCAAUCAUCCCACCUCGAUCACCCAAAGUGCUGGGAUUACAGGCAGAGGACACCAUGUCCAGCCACAGAAUUGGUUUUAAAUGUCAGAUUUCUUUAAGAAUUCUCAUAGUACUUUUCUGCCUCAGAAUUUAUAGCACAUCUGUCCAUCCUUUCAACAGGCACUCAAGGAAAUGUAUCUAUUCAUAUGCUCAACUUCAAUUGAUUAGUCUCAUAUGCUUUUUCAGAACCCCUUUUGCUAACCCCUCUUGGCCAUUUCAUUAAUAAUGUAUUUGACAGAGAUUGAAUCAGGAAACAAAUUUAUGGCAUUUCAGUUAACUAGUAUUACCUGUUUGUGGAAUCUCUGUUGGAACAUUGACUAUGAAAGACAGUGCUAACAAGUAAUUCAUAUUACUUUUGGGGAUUUUAUGUAAAGUAACAUCUAUGCUAUUCUUGGGUACUUUUGCCAAGAGUUACAGACCUUAUUCUAUACAGACUAAACCAUUAGUCAAAAAAUACCGUUCAUUCAAAAUAAUUCAUUAAUGUCCUCCUACUCUGUUCCAAACACUAGGCUGAGUUCAGAAGCCUCACAGAAUAGUGAAAUGUGUUCUUAGCCAAAUCAGGCAAAUCUUCUCCCUCACUAUGUCCCUGAAGAAAUCUCUUCAUCUGAUAUAUUUACUAUUCAUCUACUUUCUAUAGCACUAUGUUAGGGUCUUCCGGGGAUUCAGAGAAAAGUGUCUGUGAGCCAUUAAGAAACUCACAGAUCAGGUAAUAAACACUUUUUCUAAUGCAUUCCAGUGUCUCAGAGCCUGCGUAAUCACUUUAUACUACUUCAUUAAAUUGACAGGACAUCUAAGGUGACAAAAGAGAUGUUUCUACCUGUUGGUAAGGUUGAUGCAACUGUCAUGUAUUAGAUGUUCUUGGUUUUUAAUAGAUGCAGCAAUGAGAGAGUACAUUGCUAAAGUCAGAACUUAAUUUGAAUUAAAUUUUCAAGUUUCCACCAAGUACUUGAAAACUUAGAUAUUGUAUUUGGUAAUUACACAUGCAGCUGUUUAAAUUUUUAUUAAGCACCACAAUGGAACUCAAUCUAAAGGAAUAAUGGCACCUGAUAAUUACUAACAACCUUUGUUUAUAUAAGACCUUGUGCAAACUGUGUGAUAACGUAUGUUUGCAUUCUGUCUUUAAAAUAACCCUGUAAGGUGCAUUAUUUUAAUUUUUAGAUUUUAAAACUUAGCUUCAAGAGAAAUUAAGUGAUUAGUCUAUAGCUACAAAUCCUGUAAAUGGCAGAGUCAGGAAUUACCACUGAGCAUGACUCCAUAGACUCUAAAUUGUUUUCCUGCCUCUUAAUAAAUUGACCAUCCUUGAGACUGACUAGCCUUCAGAUUUUUCAUGAUGGAGCUAUCAUAACUUCUCAGUGGAUACAUAUAUUAUCAUUUAUGGCAAAUAAAGGGAACAUUUUAGCAGCCUCAAAAUUCUUGUCUUUUAAAGCCCUUGGUCAUCCAUUCCUAUUUUUUAUAAAAAUUCUGUUUGUGAUUAUUUGAUGGCUGCACAUUUAUCUGAUUUGAAGGUUUCAGAUGGAAUCAAGAUAUGUCUGUACCCAUAGGGUGAGCUGAAAGAGCUACUAAAAGGUCUUCAGUUGGGUUAUUUUUAGGAAUGAAUUUGUUUCAUACUUGAGAUGUUGCUCUAAGUAUUUUGUAGAUUCUGCUGAAAAAGCACGUAUGUCACAAUCUAUUAGGGCAUUAGUAAACUGGCUUCUGAAUUUAUGCUCUUUUUUUUCCCAUAACAUAGAUAAAAAUGUGUGCUUUGGGGGAUAUUAUAUAAGCUUUAUUUUCAUUGGCUCUACUGAAAGUUAAGGAUACAAAAGUUUUUAAUGGUAAUAACCCAAACUAUAUGUCAUUUUAGCACACACAUACCAACGGGUGAUCAUAUCUGUCUUUUUUUUUUUUUUUUUUUUUUGGUAUGAAGUCUAAACUAGACGAAAACCUCAAUAUAUCCUUAGGGGAAUUCUUAUUACUUCAAUGACAUAAUAAACCUCAGUAUUGGGUCACUCUUUUCCUAAUAUAAAACUAUGCUGGCUCAGAAAGUCUUCUAAACUCCCUAGUUGGAAUAGGAUGGGCCUUUGUUGGUUUAGUUUUGAUUUCAUUCAGCAAAUAUUUACCAAGGCCUGGUAAGUUCUGGUGCAGAAUAAGAAUGUUUUCCAGGAGAGUUAAAUUUUGCUCAUCAAAAAUCUUUCUUGGAAGCUGCUGGUUUUUAACCGUCAGCCUGGGCUCUUUCUGCCUCUUUGCUUUUUUUGAGCAGAAUAUGGCCAGGCUGGUCUCAAACUCCUGAUCUCAGGUGAUCCACCCACCUAGGUGUCCCAAAGUGCUGGGAUUACAGGCAUGAGCCACACCACUGCAUUUAAAUAAUCAGCCUAGGAUUCUGCUAGUUCCAGCACUAGAGUGGCCUCUCAAAUGUGUUUUCUCCUCUUGGUUCCCUGACUCUGACUUGGUUAAGACCCUUCCUUUAGUCUUUUUCUAAUUUAGCCUUUCCAACACAUUGAAGGACAAAGGGUAGUCAUAAUCUAUAAGGAAUGCCUGAGUAUGAUACUGUAGUGCUUGCAAAACACGCAUUUUUAUUGCUUGCAAGAUAGAAUUCAAACUCUUUGUGUGACUUAUGUAUCCUACUACAUGUUGCUCCCUGACGUUCCUUACCAAUAUUGCCUCCUCCUUCAUUACAUGCUCUAGAUUAUAUAUAUAUAAUUACAUAUAUAAUCUAGAUUUUAUAUAUAUAUAUAUAUAAAAUUAUAUAUAUAUGAAAUGAGCAAACAAAAUGCUUUCAGUUUAUCUUCCUGGGAUCUCAAGUUCCUUCAAACCACUAUAUAUGUGCUCAAGGUCUUUCAUCCUAUGACAUUCCCCUUUGCCUGAUGACAUAUUUGUCCUUUAAGAUGCAAGUCGAAGGCCUCUCUUCCAAAGCUGCUGGAAUCACACCUGCCAAUUAUCUGACCCCUUUGUGUAGUUAAUAUAACUUUAAAAUACUUUUAUUUAUAUCA